AGCACGGUCACACAGCAAAAGAAAUUUAUCGUAAUCGUCCCUGUACCGGCAAAUUUCCGAUAACAAUCAGUUUCAUUUUGUUGCUUGUGUUAUUAUACAAGAUUGCGCCCAUGUUAUUGUAGAAGACAUGCCGUCAAUUAAAUUUCAAAUACCGUCAAAUAAAACGCUUGGCACCAUUUGCGUUUAUGGCGCCGUUGUCUCUAUCUCGGCUGUCAUGUAUAUGCGCUGGCGCCUUGAGGAUCGAGUGCGCUCCGCUGAGUACUAUAAACUUGCGCUCCAAACACUGCGACAACAUAAAGGUGCUGUCGGACUGCUUGGAGAGCCCAUCAAAGACAAGGGCUUCGACAUAUCGAAUGUGAACAACACAGUCGAUGGCAACAAGGCACAACUUGAGGUAACAGUGCGCGGACCCAAAGAUAAGGGCACCAUAUUCUUUUGGGCCACCAAUAAUGCGGAAAAAGGAUGGUUGAUUGAUCGUUUGGAGCUGGAAACGAAACAACAUCCGAAUAAACGAUUUCUGCUCAAGAAGCAGCAGGAAAACGGUCUGAUUGGCAGCGACCAACAGCAUUACUUGGAGCAGGAAAAACAGUUCCUCGAACAGCAACAAAGAAAUUCGCAAGAUCCUCAGCAGGAAUCCUUUGCGCCCCGCAGUCAUUCACAGCCACAGCCAUUGCAUAAGUCGGAUGAUCCGGAGCCAUAUAUACAAACAGCCGAAGGAGGUCGCAUGCGGUGAAAGAUGAGCAGUGGUUUCAUUCAUUUAUUCUCAUUUAAUUGCACUAAUUAAGCAUUUUUUUUUUACUAACGGUUUGUAAUAUUAAUUUUAGUAUACAAAAUUUCUUAAAAACAAAACCCAAAAGUCUUCUGU